AUGGCGGUCUCGCCUGUCAAGUCACCCACGAAAACCUCCGCUCUGCCACCAUUUACAGAUCCCCCUGGCUGGACCUCGAACCCAUCAAAUCCUCUUUAUCAGGAAGAGUGGAUAGGCGCCGACUCCGAAGGCCAAAUAAUUGCUCGAGACUAUGGUCUCCAACCAGGACAGCCGGUUAUGGAGGAUGAUUACGGGUGGCACACAAUUAUCCUGUCUGGCAAUAAGUUCUAUCUUUGGGGGCGGUUGAACGACGAAGUCGAAGAAUUUGUGUCUCAAGAUAUCCGCGAGAUCACUUCUUCGAUAUCCCAGUCGGGGCUUAAAGAGCUAGCCAGAAAGCCUCUUCCUUAA